AAAAACCAAAGAUUGCCAGAUUUCUCGUGAAAGCUCACAUGCCAAUGAAAGCCCACUAGCCAGCAGCCCUUCGAUAUCUCAAUUCAACAAACAUUCACGCAUUUCCUCCUCCUUAAUCAGUCCUUCGGUUUUCAAACUCCUCCAUCACCUCCCAAUCAACUUUUACUAGUAUUACUGCAUAACUAACGGCUUUUCGCUAGAAUCUUGGCCACUAACUUCCAAGUACUGGGAAUUCGGAUUCUCGUAGUCGUUUGAUCUUUUUUUCUUCUUGAUCAGGGACUGGGCCAAUUGUCUUGCUUUUGCACCUGAUUUCCAUACCAUAGAAGCACCACGUUUUGAGAGACGGAGGGCGGACCCUAAGAAUGUGGCUGCUAUCAUACUAGGAGGAGGUGCUGGGACUCAACUUUUCCCUCUGACGAGCAGAACUGCAACUCCUGCUGUCCCAGUUGGAGGAUGCUAUAGACUUAUAGACAUUCCAAUGAGUAACUGCAUCAAUAGUGGCAUUAACAAGAUUUUCGUGCUGACUCAAUUCAACUCUGCUUCACUGAAUCGCCAUAUCGCUCGAACCUAUCAUGGAAAUGGUGUGAACUUUGGAGAUGGAUUUGUAGAGGUUCUGGCAGCAACACAAACUUCAGGGGAAGCAGGAAUGAAGUGGUUCCAAGGAACUGCAGACGCUGUUCGCCAAUUUCUAUGGAUGUUUGAGGAUGCAAGGAACAAGGACAUUGAUAACAUACUCAUUUUGUCUGGAGAUCAACUUUACCGGAUGGACUACAUGGACUUUGUGCAGAAUCAUGUUGAUCGGAAUGCUGAUAUCACACUUUCAUGUGUCCCAGUUGGUGAGAGCCGUGCUUCAGAAUUUGGACUUGUGAAGAUUGACAGCAGAGGCAAAGUGGUCCAGUUUUCUGAAAAACCCAAAGGUUCUGAUCUGAAGGCAAUGCAUGUGGAUACUACCAUCCUGGGUUUGUCUCCACAAGAAGCAUUCAAAUCUCCUUAUAUUGCUUCGAUGGGAGUUUAUGUAUUUAAGACAGAUGCACUGCUGCAGCUUUUGAAAUGGAGGUAUCCUACAUCGAAUGACUUUGGAUCUGAAAUCAUACCUUCAGUUGUUAAGGAGCGUAAUGUCAGAGCUUAUAUAUUCAGAGACUACUGGGAGGAUAUAGGAACAAUUAAAUCUUUCUAUGAAUCUAACUUAGCCCUGACAGAUGAGUUCGCAAAGUUUCAAUUUUAUGACCCAAAGACACCUUUCUUCACAUCUCCCCGAUUCUUGCCUCCAACCAAGAUAGAUAAAUGCCAGAUUAUGGAUUCAAUAAUCUCACAUGGAUGCUUCUUGAGAGAGUGUACUGUUGAACAUUCUAUUGUGGGUGAAAGAUCACGUUUAGAUUAUGGUGUGGAACUGAAGGAUACCUUCAUGAUGGGGGCUGACUAUUACCAAACUGAGUCAGAAAUAGCUUCUCUCCUUGCCGAAGGGAAAGUACCCAUCGGUAUUGGACAGAAUACAAAAAUCAGGAAUUGCAUAAUUGACAAGAAUGCAAAGAUUGGGAAGGAUGUGGCCAUCCUGAAUAAAGAUGGUGUUCAAGAAGCAGACCGACCUGAAGAAGGAUUCUACAUUCGGGCAGGCAUCACCGUAAUACUGGAGAAAGCAACAAUUAAUGAUCGUACGGUGAUAUGAUAUGAUCUCUUGCAUCUAUGGGGUGCUUGGAAGUUGGUGAUGGGCAAGAACCUAGAGAUAUGACGAUUGAACCACCCUUUUUCCGGUGAUACCCAUUGCAACCGGUGGUUCCAGUACGGAGCUCCAGGGAGCAUGAAUCGCAACAUCUAUAGCCUAUGUCUAGGAGCCGAUGCUUUGUUAGAGUGUUAGUCCAUAAUAAAACUGGGCUGAGCUUUCCAGUUGCCUCCUCCUGUUUUGCUCGUAGUUUUGCUUAUUAUACGUAGGAUUAAUCAAUCAAACUUCUUCUGUAACAUAUCAACACGACACGACGGUAACUGCACAAUCAUCUCUUGUGCAAUUACCUUUUUUGGGUGCGAGAAUACAGUUAUGGAUCCAUGUAAAUA